GUUUUGUUGGUGUAAAAUUGAGAAAUUGGUGUGUGUUUCGUUGAGGUAAAAUAAAAAAAAUAAAAAAGUAGAAGUUUAGUGAAUUAAAAUAGAUAUAGAGUAGCUUACGACACUCAAUUACGGAAUAGUCGACUACGCUGUUGUCUCUCCUUGGCCUUUGCCCUCACCUCCGUCCCUGCUGUCGGACUCUCUGUAAUUUUCUCAAGCUUGAAAGAACACGGGAGUCGUUUCCAAUACUAUUGUUAUUAGUAAGCUCGUUUUCAAGCCAUCUUCCUCCAGUUGUAAGCUCUCUAUCUCUGACCAUAUGUGUUUGUGUCUGCUCAAAAUAGUCUUGAUCAAAAUUGGAUAUCUUUUUUCAAGGUUAUUUCCCUCCAGCAUCCUAGUUCAUAAAUGAAGAAAUGAAAGUGAUGCAACUUUUGAAACCAAGCCAGAAACAAAUAGCAGGCUACUAUUUUCUUCCAAACUCUCUAAGUCAAUUGUGAGCUUGCGUGUGCGCAUGGUUGGCUUGAUUGGUCCUAGUGGUGAGACACAGUUGAUUCUGGGUGCUUGCGCCAUUGUACUAAAGGGUCAGUGGAACAACCUCUUCAAUCCCAAGGUCGGUUUUAGUCUCAGCUCAACAACUAUCCACCAAGUACUUAUGCAACUUUCACUCCAUGGCUACGGUCCUUCUCCCACUUGGGCUUUUUACAAAUGGGUUGAAUCAAUACCCAAUUCAAAUUACAAGCAUUCCUUGCAGUGCUCAUGGACCAUGAUUCACAUUCUAACAAGGCACAGACAGUUCAAAUCUGCACAAGAAUUGCUUGAAAAGAUUGCCCAGAGAGAUUUCUUGUCUUCACCUUCAGUUUUGAAUGCUUUGGUCAGCACCCAUGGUGACUCAGAUGCAAAUUCUCAUGUUUUGAGUUGGCUUCUGAUAGUUUACGCGAAUAUGAAGAUGGCCCAAGAUGCAAUUCAGGUUUUUGACCAUAUGAGGUUACAUGGGCUUAAGCCGCAUUUGCCAGCUUGCACUGUGCUUCUGAAUUCUCUGGUCAAGGAUAGGUUGACAAAUUUGGUUUGGAAGGUUUACAAGAAGAUGAUUCGAAUUGGGGUUGUUCCAAAUAUUCACAUAUACAAUGUGCUGAUUCACGCUUGUUGCAAUUCUGGAGAUGUAGAGAAGGCAGAGAGUUUAGUGAGUGAGAUGGAGUUAAAGUGUAUUUUUCCUGAUCUUUUCACUUAUAACACAUUAAUAUCAUUGUAUUGCAAAAGGAGCAUGCACUAUGAAGCUUUGUCUGUUCAACAUAGAAUGGAGAGGACAGGAGUUAGUCCUGAUAUUGUGACUUAUAAUUCACUUAUUUAUGGAUUUUGUAGAGAAGGUAGGAUGAGAGAAGCUGUGAGGCUUUUCCGAGAAAUCAAAGGUGCUACCCCUAAUCAUAUAACAUACACCACUUUAGUAGAUGGAUAUUGUAGAGAGAAUGACAUUGAAGAAAGUUUAAGACUGCUUGAGGUGAUGAAGGCAAAAGGAUUAUACCCUGGAGUUGUUGCUUAUAAUUCGGUUCUUCGCAUGCUGUGUAAAGAAGGCAAGAUGAGGGAUGCAAAUAAACUUUUGGUUGAAAUGAAUGAAAGAAAAGUUGAGCCUGACAAUGUCACAUGUAAUACUUUGAUUAAUGCUUAUUGCAAGAUAGGAGAUAUGAAGUCCGCAAUGAAGGUGAAGGAGAAGAUGUUGGAGGCUGGACUAAAGCUAGAUCAGUUCACAUACAAAGCACUGAUUCACGGAUUCUGCAAGAUGCAGGAUAUGGAGAAUGCUAAAGAACUCUUGUUCUCAAUGCUCAGUGCCGGAUUCUCCCCUAGUUAUUGUACAUAUUCAUGGAUUGUAGAUGGUUUCAGUAAUCAAGAGAAUGAAGAUGCCAUUGCAAAACUCCCAGAGGAAUUCACUAGAAGAGGUCUAUGUGUUGAUCUUUCUUUAUACAGAGCUCUAAUUAGAAGGUUAUGUAAAAGGGAAAGGCUUGAUUGUGCUGAAAACAUUUACAGUUCUAUGCAAGGCCAAAAAGUUUCAGGAGACAGUGUCAUAUUCACCACUCUAGCUUAUGCCAACCUGAAAGCAGGGAAGUCAAGUGUUGUUAUGGUGUUGCUAGAUGAAAUGUAUAAGAGGAGGUUGAUGAUAACACGCAACCUCUAUAGAAGUUUGAACGAUUCUUAUGCUAGUGACCAUCAAAUCCUACAUAUAUUCUGGGAUCACAUGGUUGAAAGAGGCCUUUUGUCAAAAUCUCUUUUCAAGGAAAUGCAUCACACAUAGGAAAUUUUGCCUUAAUUGGUAUAUGGAUUUGGUAAAUUGAAGCUUUCUCAUUUAGUAGUUUUCUUUUAGAAAUAUAUACAUCCACUCUUUUUUUCUUUUUUCGUUCAUGUACAAUAGAUGUUUAAUAUAUGUUGGGUAUAUCUGUAAUAAAAAUAAUUUUGUUAUUCAAAAAAAUAAAA